GUUCAGGGCGCACUCUUCAUAUGACGUCACGAUAUCCAUGCUCAUACCGUUCCGCUCCCUCGAGUGCAAAGCUUUGUUGGGUUCCCAUAAAGAACAUGUUAUCGAACGCGCCUCAUCCAUCGAUCAUUCGAUCAUAACAUAACCUAAAAGUACACGUCACGUCAGUUCGUCCGUUCGUCGACUAGUCAGUAGCAAAUUGAUAAAUAUUUAGAAAACUUUCAUUUUUCGAAAAUUUUCAGUGCCAUUGAAAAAAAAAACACAUUCAUAAAACCUAUCUUCAAAUAAAAGACCCUACAAGUGCAAACUGGCAUCCCACAAAAUGCGUAGGUCCCACGCAGGCAAUUACUACGAACCUUUGCCCCAAGACAACAACGAAAUCGAACACGAAAAUGAACGUAUGGCACAGGAACUAUCUGACAAAAUAGGCGUCCUGAAAUCCUUAUCCAUAGACAUCGGUAACGAGGUGCAGUUCCAGCACAAACUGUUGAGGGACGUAGACGAUGACAUGGAUAGAACUGGAGGGUUUCUCGGCAAAACCAUGUCUAGGGUAGUCAAAUUGUCUAGAGGGUCACAUAACUAUAUUAUAAUUUAUUUGUUUGUGUUUGCAAUAAUUGUGUUUUUCAUAUUGUAUUUGGUGUUAAAGUUUAGGUAGAUGUAAAUGAGAGAGGUUUUAUGAUUAUGGUGCAGAGUUUAUAGUGAAAAUAUAGAUAGAAUUUUCAAUAGGAAUGUGGUGUGAAAACUGUGAGGAAGAUAACAGUCAUUUUCUAGUUAAUUAUUGUAAGAAACUAGAAAUUUCAGUUGAAAUGACUACUUAUUGGUAGUUUUUAGUUAAUUUUAUCAUAAUUAGCUAAUUGGCUAUCAAUAAUACAAUCCUCAUACCACAUUACUUAUCACUUAUUCAAAUUGCCUUUAUAAAUUUGAUUCCAACUAUACAUCUUGAGUGAGUGAGCUCCAUUCAGCUAUUCAGCAUUUUUAAAUUUAUAACUGAGUUAUUCAUUGGUAUUAGAUUUUCAUUUUUUUUAUGCAUAUUUAAUUUGUUAAAAAUAUAUUUAUUCCAUGAAUGCAAGAUUUUGAUUCUAGUCGAUGUAAAUUUGUAUGAAUUGAAAAAAGGAUUUAAAAUUAGUUAAAGAAAUUGUUGGAAACAUAAAAUUAGAAAUAGGUAAUUAUAUAUUUUGUCAAUAUAGGAGGUUAUUUUUCUUAUCAACUAAGUAGGUACUUGUAACAAAUUUUGAUAAAUCAUGUAGGUACUGUAAGUUUCCACUCAAACAAAACUGAUAAACUUUGAGAGAAAAAAGAAUAAAAUGAGCCUUAAUUUUGGAAGUCAAAUUUUAUACUUGUUUUAUGUUUGGGCAAGUUUUAUUGUGUAUUACCUACCCUUUUCAACUGCAUACCUAGUUUCAAAAUACAACAUUGUGCGUUGAAAUGAAAUUAUCUUUCUUUAACUUGGAUACAAUUAUUAGUCCUAUCCUUAUAUGAUUUAUUGACAUUUUUGAUGAUAUUUAAUUGAGAAAAAUUUUCGAUGAAACAUUGGAUAAGACAAGUUUAUGUAACUUGUGUUAGAAAUCCACUUACAAAAAAAAAAUUGUGUAAUAAUUUGUUACAUAAAUAGCUACUAUCUACCUUUUCAUAGACAUAUUGCUAUUUUCUGAAUUCUUUGUACAAGAGUGGGAUAGAGGAAACUCCUAAGAAAAUAUAUGAAAUUGUUUAAUAAUUAUUAUUUUAACUAAUUUAUGAAAUAUACAAAUAUUUUUUUAAGUCUUUCUUUGUUUCACUUGUAUAAGAUAAUAUAAUAGACUAUGUCUAAUUCAAAAUUAAAAAUAAAGUCUGAUUUUUUUAAGAUAUUAACUUGACUAUACAAUCUAAAACUUCAAAGAAUAAUGUUGGCCGUUAUUAGCUAUUUAUCAAAUUUGUAACGUUGAUAACUACAUAAUUAUAUCAUGAAGUAACAACAUAAUGUCAUUUUAACUUUUAUUUUUACCAAAUUUUGAGACAGACUUUAUUUUCUAUACAACAUAAUAAAAUACAGGGUGUUUCAAAAUCCUAAUAGCUCACCUUCCUUAUAACUUUUCCACUUUUUUUUUAAUUUACCUGAAUUUUUGGUAGAUGCACAGUUCAAAUGAGAGAAACAACUGCAGUAAGGUUUACAUGCAUAAACUUUAAUACAUAUACUUACAGUGUGUUCCGCUUAAGGACUGACCACCUUUCUAAAAUUUUUAUUUUUUAACCGAAUUUGG